GAAACAGAGGAGUCUCGAGUUAAUUUGUGCAAAAUUUCAAGCACGUGAUCGAAAUACAUAAUAAUAAUUGAUAAUACAAUUAUUUACAAUCAUAAUAUCUAAAUUGUGACAAAAAAAGAAGUAAUCAUAUUCGUAGUUACACUGGCCAAUUCAUCAGUGAUAGUUAACGGUCGCAGAAAGAUGGGCACUCGUGUUCCACCACCGACGCCACUUUGUGAAAAAGCCAUGGCCGGUAUACCUCAGCUGAUUGACGAUUUGCAACGUUUGUCCGAAGACCAAGACAGUGCCGAUGUGGUUUUUCUCUUGGGUAGGGAAGAGGAACGUGUCUACGCACAUCGAAUUCUACUAAUGGCCAGAUGUAAAAGUUUCAAAACAGCAAAACGAGGAGAAAUUUGCAGAAUUCCAGGAUCAUCAGUUUCACCAUCAGCACCUGGCACACCGACUCCAGUUCGAUUGCAACAUGUAAAUUGUGAAGUUUUUCGACAGUUUAUUGUUUACGUUUACACGGGGAAGAUAAUGCUUCAGGAUUCAAGAGUUUUUGAAAUGAUGACUUUAGCUCAAGAUAUGGGUGUUGAAGAAUUGCGUGCUGCAUGUGAGGAUCAUGUUAUAUCAACUCUAUCCGUGGAUAAUGCUUGUACUUUUUUAACAGCUGUUAUGGAAAUACAUGAAAAAGCAGGUGCUAAAUGUGCUGCAUCGUUUAUGGAAAGAUGCAUCAUUUAUAUUGGAGAAAAUGCAACCGAGUGCGUCAAGACGAAUGCCUUUCUAAAUUUAACCAAGGAUGGGUUAAUAAAACUCAUCUCUUCCGACUAUUUCUGCCUAGAAGAAGAAGACGUUUGGCGUUGUGUCCUGGCUUGGGCCAAGAAUCAAGCCGGUGUCACUCAACCUACAGCCCACUGGACCGAAGAGGAACGUGCUCGUGUAUGUCAACAUUUAUCAGGUGUCAUGGGUCAUGUGAGACUUCUACUCAUCGAUAGUCAAGUAUUUGCCGAAGAAGUUGAACCUACUGGUGCUGUUCCAAUGGAAUUAUCCUUGGAACGUUAUCGUUAUGCAGCUCUGCAUUCGAAUAAAAUGGGUGGAGCGAGUAAUGGCGGUGGUGGAGGUGGUGGCAAUGCUCCACCAGUUAUUCCAAUUCCCACGGGACCUCUAUCUGAAGACGAUAAACGUUUACAACCACGGCUGAUGAUGAAUAUGUUUCCAGGAUCGAAUAUUCUUAAAAAUGAUAAACUUCAUUUGCAAGGAGUUCUAAAUGGAUGGUAUGGAGUUCCAAAACAAACUUGGCGCCUUGUCUUUAGAGCAUCAACUCAUGGAUUUGGUUCGGCUACUUUUCACAGAUUUUGCGAUGGAAUUGCACCGUGCUUCGUCAUUGGACUUGGAAAUCGUGGCGAAAUCAGUGGAGGAUUUACAGAUGUAGCUUGGGCUAAGACAAGUCGCAAAGGUGGUUACAUCCACUCGGAGCGAGCUUUUCUUUUUACCUUCAAUUCGAACAACGACUCCCAGCCAGCCAAAUUUGACGUUGUUAAGAAGCCGUAUGCCAUUUGCUACCAUCCAGAUUGUGGACCAAUUUUUGGAGCUGGAGCAGACUUGUUGUUCUCUAAUAAUUGCAACACAAACAUGGAUUCGUAUUCAAACCUUCCACACAGCUACGAUGGACCGAAUGCAAGUUAUAUGCCAUUAUUUGGUGAUUAUAAUUUUACUAUUGUCGAUUAUGAAGUUUACACGCCAGCAGCAGCUGCUCCUGCAAAUAAUCAACCAGGAGUGAAAAUAAAAUACGAUAGAUAUUAAGAAUACAAAAUUUUAUUUCAGUAUCGAAUAAGGAAUUCCAUAGAAUUUAUUAAUCAAUUUUAAUUGUUUCGAACAGUAUUAAAAUUUCUUGCCUUAAUUUUAAUGUUAAAAGAAAAAUGUAUUGCUAUGUGAACGAAAAAAGACUUGGGGCUUCCAAAAUAUGACAAAAAACACUAAA